UCAUGCUUUUAUAGUUCAGUUCAUCACUUACACUCAGCUGAGAUAUCAGUUAUUACACUACACUCUACCAUAUACUACAGCUUAACAAGAUCAUGACUCGAGGAAAACAUCAAAUCCUUCCUCCUAGAUUUAGAAACCAAACUUCUAAUAUUCAAGAAUAUGAUUUGUCCAAACCUUCCCCAGCAUAUUCAAGAAGAGGGAUGGAAGUAGGACGGAAAAAACCUGGAGAAAUGGAAAUAGGACGGAGAGAACGCGGAGAGAUAGGAGUAGGACGAAGAAAUCUUGAAGCGAUAGGAGCCGAACGGAGAGAAUUCGGAGCCGGAGAGAUGGGAGAAGGACGGAGAGAACCAGGAGAUAUGGAAGUGUUGGGACGGAGAGAACCCGGACGCAUGGGAUUAGGACGGAGAGAACCCGGAGAAAUGGGAGCAGGACAAAGAAAAUCUGUAGCGAUAGAAGCAGGACGGAGAGAACCCAGAGUGGGAGAAAUAAUAGUAGAACGGAGAGUUCCCGUAGACAUGAAAGUAAGACAAAGAGAAACUAUAACAGUUGGAGUAACCAGAGAACCCAUUCCUGUUGAUCAUGCGGCACGUCAUCAAUUUUGUUCAAGACGUGGAUCAGCUUCAAGUAUCGAGGACGAUAUAUCUCCUGUCCUGGAUACUAGACAAGUAUCUCCUGUCCUGGAUACUAGACAAGUAUCUUGGACAAGAUCUACGGAAUUAAACAAAGCCUGCUCACUAACCGUUUACGUAACCUCAAAUUCUUUCAGGAGAAACCCUCCACAAGGUGGGGAUAGCAGAAGCUUCAGCAUUUCACGAGGACGGGAUAGCAAUAUUUCCCGAAAACUUAACUCUAAAAGUUCCAAGGGUUUGCAAGGAUGGAAGAAACAUUCUACCUAUAAAUCCUCCAAUCCUACACAUGUACAGAUAAAGACGGUACAUGAUGAUAUGACUGUACAAGCAGAAGUACUUAAUUGGAUAAGAAAACAGUGGGAUACUACUGCAGCUCAGUUGAGAAAUAAAACUGUUAAUUACUAUCGAUAAAAAUGUAAUAUUGUUAAAAACUUGUAAAUAUUUCAACUUGUUUAAAUGACAACUUUGUUAAAAUAACAUUUUAUUUUAAAAGGAAUUAGUAAAGUACAUCUAAUUUAUUAAAUCAAUUUUUUUAUAUUUUUCUUAUUUUUAACAAUUUCGGAGGAGAUUAUAAAAGUGAUGAAAAUUCAACUGAAAUAGAUAUGAAGAAACUGA